GUGAGGCUGAUUGGUGUGUUUGGUUGAAACCAGGUGCUGGUAAUGAUCCCAGAUUGAUCAGGUCAUCAGGACUGAACCAAGUGAAGCUGCAGGAGGAGACAGAAGUGUGUUUUCUUCUUACUCUUACCAAUAAGAGAAUCUCAAUCCUGAAUGUAAACAGGUCGCCGCAAAAUGUCCAGACAGUCUCCACUUCUCCAAGGAACAACACCCCCACAAUCCACUCCUGAUGGAAAAGUCAGCUGAUGUACAUCAGCACCGGAGGAAGCUCUCACUGAGAGGUGAGUCCUGGACCACGGGGCUGAUCCGGAGGGGGGAUCUACCUGCUGUACUGCGCCCGACUGUGGUGGAGGCAGGAGAGGAGGCUAACAGGCAGCGGUGUCCGGUGGUGGUUCCUGAGCGGUCCAGUCAUGGGCAGACCGGAGGGGUUGGCCAGGCCACCUCUGGUGUCCGCUAUGGCGCUCUCCCUCCUGGCUCUCUCUCUCCUCUCCACCGGGGUCUCCAGCCUCCCACAGCCCAUGCCAAGAGUCUUCCUUUCCUUUGAGGACCUGCAGGCCUCCCAGUCCUUUGAACACUACAGCAUAUCAGACAAGGCCAUGGACUACAGGAUCCUGCAGAUGGACGAGGACCAGGACAGGAUGUAUGUGGGCUGCAAGGACCACGUCCUCUCCAUGGACAUCAACAACAUCACCCAUGGCACGCUUAAGGUGUUUUGGCCUGCGUCUACAAGCAAGAUAGACGAAUGUCAAAUGGCUGGAAAGGACCCCACGCACGGCUGUGGGAACUUCAUCCGGGUGGUGCAGCCGUAUAACAGAACUCAUCUGUUCAUGUGUGGCAGCGGAGCAUACAGUCCCGUCUGUGUGUACAUCAACAGGGGCCGCAGACCCGAGGAACAAGUUUUUCACAUUGACUCGAGGACCGAAUCUGGAAAAGGGAGGUGCUCCUUCAACCCACAAGUGAAUACAGUCUCCGUCAUGCUCAACCAGGAGCUGUUCUCCGGCAUGUACAUUGACUUCAUGGGGACUGAUGCUGCCAUCUUCAGGAGCCUGACCAAGAGAAACGCAGUGCGGACAGACCAGCACAACUCUAAGUGGCUGAGUGAGCCAAUCUUCAUUGACGCCCACCUGAUACCAGACGGGACAGACCCUAACGAUGCCAAACUGUAUUUCUUCUUCCGUGAGAGGCUGACGGAUAACAGUGGAAACACUAAAAAUAUCCACACCAUGGUGGCCAGAGUGUGUCCAAAUGACAUCGGAGGGCAGCGAAGUCUGGUGAACAAAUGGACCACCUUCCUCAAGGCCAGGAUGGUGUGUUCAGUUCUGGAGGAAGACGGUACCGAGACGCACUUUGACGAACUUGAAAGUAUGUUUUUGCUGGAAACCGAUCAGCCCAAGGGCCUGUUGGUGUUCGGAGUCUUCACAUCCACAAGCUCCGUGUUCAAAGGCUCAGCUGUGUGUGUGUACAACAUGGCCGACAUCCUCACCGUCUUCAACGGGCCCUUCGCUCACAGAGACGGACCCAACUUUCAGUGGGUGGCUUUCCAGGGGCGCAUCCCGUAUCCAAGGCCCGGAACUUGUCCUGGCGGAGCUUUCACACCUGACAUCCAGACAACAAAGGAGUUCCCAGACGACGUGGUGACCUUUGUACGGAACCAUCCAGUCAUGUUCAACCCCAUCUACCCAGUGGGGAGGAGACCUCUUGUGGUCCGGACCAACGCGGACUACAAAUACACGUCGGUGGCCGUGGACCAGGUCAUGGCUGCCGACGGCAACUACCAAGUGCUCUUCCUGGGCACAGACAAAGGUACAGUGCAGAAGGUGAUUGUGCUGCCAAGCAAUCAGUCCCUGCAUGAAGAUCUGAUCCUGGAGGAGCUGGAAGUGUUUAAGAAUCAAGCUCCUGUUACAAACUUGAGAAUAUCCUCCAAAAAACAACAGCUGUACGUCAGCUCCGAGUUCGGGGUCUCGCAGGUCUCGCUGCACCGUUGUCACGCUUACGGCUCGGCCUGCGCCGACUGCUGCCUCGCCAGGGACCCCUACUGCGCCUGGGACGGACUCAGCUGCUCGCGCUUCUACCCCAGCGGCAAAAGGAGAAGCCGAAGGCAGGACAUUAUGCAUGGAAAUCCGCUCACUCAAUGCAGAGGAUUUAACCUGAAAGCUUACAGAAACGCGGUGGAGAUGACGCAGUACGGCGUGAAAAACAACACCACCUUCCUGGAGUGUUUUCCCAAGUCUCCCCAGGCCUCUAUUCGCUGGCUCAUUCAGAGGGACAAUGACAGGCGGAAAGAGGUGAAGCUGAGCGACCGCGUCCUCUCCACCGAGCACGGCCUCCUCAUCCGCACCGUCCAGCUGUCCGACCAGGGCCUCUACUACUGCCUGACCACCGAGAACGGCUUCAAGCGCACCGUCGCCAAGAUCCGCCUGCGAGUGCUGAGCGAGGCCAUGGUGAGCGUGCUGACGGACAAACAGCAGUCUCCGUGGGCGUGGGCCAGCUCAUUGCACCCCAAGGUCCUGUUGGCGGCGUUCAGCCCGGCGGAGAGCCUGGCCGUGCAGCAGUACUGCAAAGAGAGGAAGGAGCUCCAGAACCUGCAGCAGAGGCAGCAGAAGCAACAGCCUCCGCCGCCCGGGCCGCUCAGGGGGGACCUGGCCAAACUGAAACCCCUGCUGGACCGGAGGAAGAGCCGCAACCGCCGCAAUCACCUCCCAGAGGUGUGACACUUGGCUGCUGCUGCAGAGACUGACGCACGCCUUCCUCCGAUUCUAUUCCUCAUUUUCAUCUCAAACUGCAGAGCUGCGCUGCGGACGCACAGUAAAGAAAAAAAAAAAACAAAAAACGAGGAGGUGGGUGCGGGGAGAGUUCAGCCGUAUCUGUAUUUUCUUGCAUGAGGCACUGCGACCAGAUGGCUGUGACAUACACUAACGCACACUCACAGGCACCCACGAGUUCGUUCGUCACAAACUGAAGUGGCCCCCGCUACGCCACUAAUAAACUGUGGUCUCAGUUGAAAAACAUACCGUGAGAUGAGACGUUAUUGUACUGAAGGUGUUAGAGGGGGAAGGGGGAAAUGGACCGGCCAGGAUAUUAACUCACAAAUAGAAGAAAAAAAAAAGGUAAUUUGAAAUCAUGAUGGUGAAAAGGAGGAGAUUGAAAAAGGAACACAAAGGGAGACAGAUGCAUGUUUGACAUUGGGUGCCCUCUGGAAGUAUUAUCCUAGCGUUUUAUUAGAGUCUUCUCACAUUUCCGUACUCACUUUAAACUAACAGAAUCAGCAAAAGGACAUCUUGGGCAACAAAAAGGUCAAAAAAAAAAGAAAGAAAGCUCGUCUACAAAAGCUCUUUUCAUACAAAGCGCAGAUGGCGAUCGGCCCCCAUAAAAAGAGUUACAUUACAAGUUAAGCUGUAUUACAUCUAAGAACAGUGACGAUGUUACCCGAACAGGAAACAGUACAAUACUGAGUGGAAACAUGAAAAGUCUUCGGUCUUAUAUGAUCUCUCUCCUGUUAUAUUUAUUCGUAUUACUCUGAUUUUUACAUGUAAGAGAACGUGGCCUCACUGUAACUCAGCUGCAUAUUGUAUCGUCCUUCUCGUUUCCAGCACAGAAGCAUGUUAAUAGACAGUUUGUGAGUAACGUAGAGGUCUUUUUAAUCCUUGCCUGGAGUAGAUUCGGGGCAAAACCGAACUAGCGGAUACAGUACGCAUAUUUUUAAGUAGUGUUUAAACUUGGAGUUUACAUCAUAGACGUGACAAUAUCCUUCUCUGGAUCGACAUUUUUCAUAUCGUCUACAGCAAAGUAGGCUGUUAUAAUUCAGUAAUUAUCAGCGGAGAUAGUCUGUGAGAUCAUUUGUUACAUGUGAAUAGACUUUUUUUUUUUCAGAAGCGUAGUUAAUGUAGAUAGAGAUUAUUUGUUGCUUGUGUACAGAGUAUUUUUUCUUUUCGUUGUUUCGUUCCAUCCCGUUAAUUUAAAGUUGUGCCGAUCGUCGUGGCAAUGUGUUUUUUUUUCCCAUCGUGUACAUAAUUUCAUAUCAUAACAUAUUUCACCAAGUAUGACUGUAUCUGCAAAUUGCAGAGACAUACAGUAUUAUUUUCAUUUUUUUGAGGAAAAAAAAAAAAAGACUUUUCCGAGCGGUACCUUCCCUCAUACAGAUCUCUGCUACACGUUUAAUAAAACUGUGUGACCAGCAUCAUGUCAGCUUCAACCCAGUGUAAUUUCAGUGUUAUGAAACGUGUAUUUCUAUUUAUUAAUGUCAUGAUAGCCUGAAUAAAUCUGUCCCGAUGAAUCCCA